AUGUCGCCCGUGACUUAUAAAUUGGCUAGUGAAAAGACAAAGGAGACACAACAUAUCUCCGAUAUUUCUGUUGGGAAGAAGAUCCCAUUGGGGAAAUACCUUUUCCAACGAGUGUUGAGUGCCGGUACAAAGUCCAUAUUUGGUGUCCCUGGUGACUUCAAUUUACCUCUGUUGGAGCAUCUCUACGAAAGAGAUCUGGUUGAACAAGGUUUGAGAUGGAUUGGGACCUGUAACGAAUUGAACGCUGCUUAUGCAGCAGAUGGGUUUUCUAGGUACUCGAAUAAAAUUGGAUGUUUGAUUACCACUUACGGUGUUGGUGAAUUAAGUGCCCUGAAUGGUGUUGCUGGGGCAUUUGCAGAAAAUGUUAAAAUGUUGCAUAUUGUGGGUGUAGCUAAAUCAUCUGCGAAACACGAAAACAAGAAUAUCCACCAUCUCAUCCCCAAUUUGCACGAUUCAAAUUUUAAACGGCCCAACCACAAAGUAUACUAUGAAAUGGUAAAGGAUAGAGUUUGUUGUAGUGCUGAGUAUUUGGAAAACAUAGACCAAGCUUGCGAUCAAAUCGACAAAGUUAUCAGAGACAUCUAUAGGUACUCAAAGCCAGGCUAUAUUUUUAUCCCUGUCGAUUUUGUCAAUGAGCUCGUGGAGACUACCAACUUGCUGGUAACACCAGUGAUUGACUUGGAGUCCUCCUUGGCAAGGCCCGACGAAGUGACAGUGAUCGAAGUUGCACAAAUGAUAGCAGACUGGAUUUAUCAGAGUGGGAACCCUGGUUUAGUCGGCGAUGUCCUCACUGAUCGGUACGAUGCGACAAAGAUGCUCAACGAUUUUAUUCAACUGACAAAGAUGUGGAACUUUACCACAGUUAAUGGUAAGUCCAUUAUCGAUGAGUCAAACCCAUGGUAUAUGGGCCUUUACAACGGUGACGAAGGGGUCAGCACGGUGAUUGAUCGGUUCCACAAAUGUGACCUUGUUUUAAAUUUUGGGUUAGAUAUCAACGAAAUUAACCAUGGUCACUACACAUUCAAGUAUAAGCCAAACAGUAAGAUCGUCGAGUUGCAUCCAACAUACGUCAGGUUUUUGGAUACAGAGUAUGGUACCGAAAGAUUGUUCAAAGGUCUUAACUUCGUAUUUGUGCUGAAAGAAUUGAUUAACCGGAUAAACCCAAAGGAAUGUAUGUUCUCCUAUGACCUAUCAGUGAGAAAAUUCUGCAGCGAGGAAAUAAAAACUCCAGAAGACGGUAAUGAUGACGCUGAGGCCAGCACAAUCACCCAGAACAAACUAUCCAAAAUGAUCCCAGACUAUUUAAACCCUGGUGAUAUCGUGGUAUGUGAGACGGGAUCCUUUCAAUUUGCCAUGAGGGAUAUUGUAUUACCUCCACAAGUCAAAUACAUGUCGCAGGGAUUCUUUUUAUCCAUUGGUACCGCUUUACCAGCGGCAGUUGGGGUAGGUAUUGCGUUACAGGAUUAUCCAAACCAACAUAUAAACAACUUUGGUGCAGUUGAUCACAAUUACAAACCUAGACUAAUCCUGUUGGAAGGUGACGGUGCUGCACAGAUGACAGUGCAAGAACUAACCUCUAUGAUCAGAUUUCAGAUCCCGAUCGAAAUCAUGUUAUGGAAUAACAAUGGGUACACGGUAGAAAGGGCAAUCUUGGGUCCCACCAGAUCAUACAACGACAUCAUGCCUUGGGACUGGACAAAGUUGUUUGCUGCUUUUGGUGACUUCGAGGGUAAGUACACGAGAAGCACCGCAAUCGAAACGACUUCAAAACUGCUUUUGAAGUUGAACCAGUUGAAGAACGAGGGAAACCGCGAUAUUAUUGAAAUGGUCGAAGUGAAGCUGGGUGUGAUGGAUUACCCACACCAGCUCAAACACAUGGUUGAGGCCGCAAAAGUGAGGCAAGUAAGGCAAUGA